CUCGGCAUAAAUAUACAAUACGAUCUAUAUCACCUUGUUUGCCGCGUCACCUUGAAGCGAGAUGGUACCAAGUUUCUUGAUAUGUUAAAACGAAAUAAUAAUUAAAAAGAUUAAAGACAAUUAAAUGAAAUUGAACAUCUCGUAAAAAAAGUAAUUUUACUAAUCAAAUCAACAAAAACGGAAAUAUUAUUCAUUAUUGUUUUUUAAUUAUCAAUUGACAAUCUUAUUCAUGGUCUUUCUGCAUUGAUUUGGCAUAAAGUCGUCUACUAAAGCCUAGUAAAUUAUGUUUCACAUUUUUUCAGGCAUCUUCAUUCGGAACUUCGCCAAAUAGCACGCGAUAUAAAUAGUCUAUUCGGAAUACAGAUGUCUUUACAGAUGAUUUCAUAUUUCGUUAUUAUAAUUGGAACGUGUCAAUUCACUAUCUUUUAUUUCAUAAUACACUUACACGACGUAGUUACAGUGAAACUCCUAUUUUACGCCAACGUAUGGCUUAUUGUUUACUUGACAAGACUGAUUUUGCUGAAUCAUACCUGUGAGAACGUUAGUGCUAAGGCACAGGAAACCAGAAUCGUACUUCAUAAUUUGAUCACUUUUAAUCGUUUCGCUAAGAUGCGGGAACAGAUUUUGCAGUUUGUACUGCAAAUAUCACUUCGACCGUUGCAGUUGAGCGGAAUGGGCAUGUUCCACUUUGGCUACAAAUUUAUUUAUAAGUUCUUCCUUUGGGUGAUCACUACUAUUAUUUUCCUACUACAAGUGGAUACUUCUCCUAUAAUUCGAACAUUACUUUCUGAAGGAAAUAACAUGACAUACACGAUUAACAGAAAGGAAAUGUGAAACUGUAUUAGAUGUUGGUUAUUUUUGCACAAAGUGCUGCCACUCGCUUAACUUAUACGAAAUUAAUUCUAUCUUUUCUAU